UGUACUUAUGUAGGUAGAUAUAGAAAUACCUAUUGACAUGUGUCACUUCAGACAGUCUCGAAUAAAUCCUUGAGCUAGAAAGUGCCUAUUAUUGUCGCUCACCAAUAGUAUACCUAGUCCUUCUCUGAAUACAUUACAGUGGCGACAGGUAGUGAUAAUUUCGCGCGUGCAGUAGAAAAAUCAACAUGUCUAUCGGCAAGUUACACGAAUUUAAUGUCAGCAACGGCGCGUGGUCGUCGUACAUGGACCGUGUGGAAAUGUACUAUAAGGUGAAUAAAGUGGCGGACGAAUUGAAGGUGCCGGUGUUAAUAGCAGCGAUGGGGGAUGAGGCGUAUGAGUUGCUAGAAAACUUGGCAAGUCCUAAAAAGCCGGCGGAUUUAACCUUAGACAAAAUAAAGGAAUUAAUGUCCCAUCAUUUACAGCCAAAACCGUCGGUUUUAGCAGAAAGGUACCGGUUUCGACAAAGGAGACAAAAUGGCGGUGAAAAGGUAUCCACGUAUGUGGCGGAGUUGAAACGGCUGUCGAAGCAUUGUGACUUUGGUUCGGAGUUAAAUGGUAACUUAAGGGAUCAAUUCGUUUGUGGCUUAAUCAGCGACUUGAUUAGGCAACGCCUUUUUGCAGAGGACGAUAAUAUAACGUUCGCAGAUGCAGUCAAACUGGCUACAUCAUUGGAGGCGGCAGAGAGGGACGCGGCGAUAGUGGAGCAAACAAAGGUAACGAGUUCGAGCGGGACGGGAGAAGUGCAGGCCGUUAUGUUCGCGAGUCGGGCCCGAUCGGGGGCAUUCAGCGGAGGGCAAUCGCGGGCGCCUGUAGUUACGCAACAACGGAAAUUAAACGUAAAUUAUAAUGGCCGCCAGGAGAGGAACUGUGAAGCCUGUGGCGCGCGCAAUCAUAAUUACGCUAACUGCAAGUUCCGAGAUUAUGUGUGCAGCAAGUGUCAGCGUACAGGCCACUUGCGGCGAGUGUGCCCAGACUGGGGCGCGGCGCCGGGGCCCGCGGGCCGCGGCGGAGCCCGCGCGCCGGCCCGGCGCGGAGGGGCAGCGGCGGCGGCGCCGACGCGGAGUGCCAUGCAUUUUGGAGAGGCCGAUCACGAACCGAGUGAGGAUCACGGCGGAGACCUCGAGCACGAAUUUAAUCACCUGUGUUUAAAUAACUAUCCGGCGAUAUGAGGCGUUAUUCGGCGACGGACUGGGCCGGUACAAGGGCGGCAAGGCGACGUUGAGGGUGCGGGAGGGCGCCGCGCCGGUGUUCCACCGCGCCCGCCCCAUGCCCUACGCGCUGCGCGAGCGCGUGGACGCCGA